GAUUCAAAAGUUGGUUGAAGUUUGCACGAAGCUAACUUUCAAGCUUUCUGGGGAGCGUUUGAUUCUCGGUUAUUCAGACUACAUUCACUGCGCAUCCCUAAAUUAGAGCAGCGCUGAAGUUUUCGGACAGUUAUGAUAUGGUAAGUUAACGUUAGCUAGCCUUUUAAACUUGCCCGCGGCUUGCCCCCAAAAGAUGUCCUACAAAAAGCUUGGUACAACAACAACAGUGCAAGGGGGUGCUGGAGAUUAAACUGGUUUCAGUGGAAAGCUGUAAUGAUGUGAUGGAGGAAGGGAGAAGACUUUCCUCAAGUGAAAGUGUUCUUGGAAAAGCCUCAGCCUGUUCCCUCUGGUCAAAUGGUGAGCGGUGGCACAGCACUCCAGUUAAAACGAAAAAUGAAGGCACUUUCCUUGAUCUGCGCCAAACACCUGGUGGAAGCAGCUUCAAGAUGGACAGCAGAGCAAAACAGUACAGCAUAGGCACCCCUCCCAUCUCAGCAGACACCCUCUGUACUCCCAGCAUGCAGGAAACUGAGUUUCCUGUAACCAACCUGAGCAGCUCCACCAUCCAGAGGCAGAGGAGGGAGCUGCAGCUGCUGAUGACUGAGUUAAAGGACAGGGAGAAGGAGCUAAAUGCUAUGGCUGCUUCCCAUCUUACGCAGCAUCGUGCCUGCGAACAAUACCGUCAGAGGGUGCUGACUUUGGAGCAGAGGUGUGCCCGUUUAGAUGAGGAGGUGCAGAAGCGUAACGAGGUGAUUAGAGUCUUGACUAAACAUGUGGGGGUGGUGGAAACCAGGGAAAAGGAGGCCCAGAGGGAACUCAGCGAAGCCCGACAGCAGCUGUGUGAACUUGAGAAGAAGCAGCAGCACAUCCGUGAGAAAUGUCAAGACUUUGAGGAGAAGAACCAGAGUCUCAGCUCCACAGUCAUGGCUCUGUCCACUCAAGUGGGCUCUCUGCAGGUCAGGGAGGAAGAGCUCAGUUCCAUGCUCAAACUCAAGGAUCAAGAUGUGGCAAAAGCUUCAAGUUACAUACUCGACCUCUCAGGGCGCCUGCAAGACCUUGAGACAUCUCUGAAGGAGAGUCGCUCACAGGAAAGCAAGCUCGCGAAAGACUUGGAGGAGAAUAAACUGCGUUACAAAGAAGCCGGACAUAAAGUCACACAGCUCAAAGAGGAGCUGCAGCAGCAGGUAGCACAGAGCAGCACCCAGAGAGAGGAGAUCAUCCGCCUCAAGCAGGAGCUCCAGCUGCUUCACAGGGAUGCCCUGACAGGGGAGGGCGUCAGCUGGAAAGAUGAGCUGCUAGAACUGGCUCGCUCCAAACAGGAACGCCUCAUGUCUGAGCUCCGCUGCCUACGACAGGUUUGUGAGAAUCAGCAGAGCGACCUGAUGCAGCUGAACCGUGAAACCCUGAGGGAGAAGACCAGUCAGGGAUUACUGGGCAGUCAGGAUGAUUUAACAUGUAACUGUCAAGGCGACGAGUCACCUUUUUCACUCAGAGGGAAGAACUUGAAACCUGUACAUGAUGUCUCCACUCUGCCUGCAGCUGCUCUUCAGUGCUCAGACAACUGUGACCCGGGAGUCUUCUCAGCAUACUUAAUGAACGGGGGUGACCCUCUCUCCAGGUGCUCUCUGCAGCAGCUCAUAGAUGAGUCCAGGCUGGCCGUGGGGGGUUCAGGGAGACUCCACAGUUCACUACAGAAUAACGGCCAUACAGCGAGUUGCAGGACCACUGACCCUUUUUAUUUCCAUGAGUGCCAGACACCCCAACACCACCCAAGUUCCUCCAUCCUCAAGACCAGUCCAGCUCCACCCAAAACCUGUCCUCAGCAUGGCACCAACCAGCCGGCAAACCACGUGGACUUCCUGACUCAGCUGAAAAAUUGAUUUUCCUCAUGGAAGUUUCAGUAUUUACCAAAGUGACGCCAAGCGCUCAACUGUUGAGCUCUGAGAUGGGACUGAAGAAUCAGUGUUGGUACAUCAAGUACUUGUUGAAUCCUACAGGCUCCCAGAAAGAAGAUGAAGUGAUAAAAAUACAGACUUUUUAUAUCAUUAAUAUGGUUUUAAAUUGUUGGAUGUGUUAUAUAUGUACAAAGUCAAAUAAAUCUGUCAUUGAUUAACAAAGUUAAAGGGUGUGUUUUCAAAAUCUCACUUAUGGUUUUUAAAGGCUGAAAUGUGUGGAGUGGGUGAGAUGGGAAACCAGUCCUACAGGGUUGAUGAGUGGUGUGUGUCCUUACACCGUUUUUCCAGUUUCACUGCUUACAGAUCAGCCAGGUGACUCAGGUGAAAUGUCUGCAUCUUUUAAUAGGCUUUACAACUUGUAACUUGGAUUUGU